AUCUCAUAUAUCUAAAUAAGGCUUAGAAAAUCUUCCACGAUAGUGGACUAAGACAGCAAACAAUUUCACCCUAGAAGAUACUCUUUUGUGUGCUUUAUAUAUUCCAAUUUCAAUACAUGAACACACACAAAUUAAGAGGAAGAGAAGUAUAGAGAGAUGCAAGCCUUAUGGCUUUCCUUGAAGGACAAUGUCAAAUGUGGAAAGAAACUCACAGAUGUAAUAAAGCUACCACCAAAAUUUGGCAAAGGAAAUAGCUUUGUUAUACAAAAGGAAGAGAAAAUAAACAAACAAGAUGAAGAAGAAGAAAAUUUUCCCUUCAUGAAAACUCCAGCUAGAUUACUUCUUUCCAAGGCACACAACACGCAAGCUCGGCUUUACGAGCUUGGUGUUGGAGAUCCAUCGAGAAAAAUAGUCGAGAUGAUAUUUCAGAAAGCAUGGAUGAACACAUCGAAGCAUUCGAGGAAGGUUAGAACGGUUCUCAGGGUGAGAUACUCAGAACAAGUUCUUGAAAGGUUUGAGAAAUAUAGAGAAAAGGUGAAGAAAGAGUAUCCAAGGCAUCCAAGAAGCACAGUAGAUGGAAAUGAAUUGUUGAGAUUCUAUGUCACUACAAUGAGAUGCUUCCAAAGAAAGAAAGUUUGUGAUCUUUGUGAAGAUCCGUCAUGUUGUUUUUGUCGAAUAAUUCAGUUCAACUUCGAUGAGGAAAGCGCUGAGAUUCAGAUGAAUGUAAGCCAUGAAGAUUUGAGUGAUGGAAAAAGUGUCAAUGCAAGAGUGAAGAAUGUGAAAAGAGUUUCAAUAGUUUGCAGAAUAAUUGCUGGAAAUGAAGUUGAUGGUGAAUAUGAAGAAGGGUUUGAGAAUGAUUCAAGUAGGUUAGGUGAAAUGCAAUUUAGCUUAGAAAGAUUUGUAGUGAAAAAUCCAUGUUCUAUUCUUCCUUGUUUUGUCAUAAUUUUCAACUGACAUGCUUUAUAGGGGCGGCUCUUCCGGUCAAUCAAAUUAUUGAUGUCAUAUGUGGAAACUCGAAGUUCGCACUGUGCCGCUUAGCUUCGACUGGAGGGCAACUCUUCCGGAAUGGCCAAAAUAAUCUCACAUUAAUUGAGAAUCGAGGCUAAAUAUAGUUUAUCUACAACACCUCAAUCCAACGAGAAACAAAGUUGUGAGGCUAAAUAUAGUUUACAAAAACAACUUAAAGUUUAUAUGAA